AUGGCGCCUAUUUUCGAGUUUGGCAAUCCCGUUAAUGUUCCUUUGAUAGGAGCAGCAUGUAUAUCUCUCUACAUUGUAGGGGGUAUCUUCUAUAGACUCUUCUUGGGUCCUUUACGCUCCAUCCCCGGGCCGUUACUCUGGCGUCUCACUAAUCUGCCGCGAGUUUAUCACAUAUUAAAAGGCGAUAUACACGUUAAAGUUCGAGAGUUGCACACCAAAUACGGACCAGUCCUCCGACUCACACCUUACGAAGUUGAACAUGCAAUCCUUCGCCGGCAACUUUCACACGGGUUUUCUGAUAAGUCGAUGCGAGAGCAAGAAUCUUUGAUCAAGGGAUAUGUGGAACUAUUGAUACAACGGCUACACGAGAACGCCCAGAAUGGUGCGGCUCGUCUUAACAUGCGAGACUGGUACAACUGGACAACAUUCGACGUCAUCGGCGACCUGGGUUUCGGGAGGCCAUUCGGUUGCUUAGAGGGCACAGGCUACCAUCCUUGGGUGAAGCUCAUUACAGAGACUUUCAGGGAGUCAUCCGCAUUCCAGAGCUUGGCGCAUCUGGGCUUACGGCCGGUAGUGAAGUAUAUUUACCGAUUGGGAUUAAUGGGCAAGAAUAAGGAGAACCUCAACCUCGUCUCGGAAACACUCCAGGAGAGAAUCAAACUUGGCAAAGAGAGGCCUGACUUGAUCGAAGGGUUGAUUAAAAAGAAGGAUGAAUUGGGCAUAGACUUCGGAACUCUUGUUAGCAACGCAAAUCUACUGAUCAUCGCGGGCUCAGAAACUACAGCCACACUUUUGAGCGGAGCCACAUAUCUCUUGACUAUGAACCCGGACAAGCUCGCGAAGGUUUCUGAAGAGGUCCGUUCUACUUUUGGGAGCGACCAGGAGAUCACUCUCACGUCCGUUAGUCAACUACCUUACAUGCUUGCGUGCCUCAACGAGUCUUUGAGACAGUAUCCUCCAGUUACUAGCGAUCUACCGAGAGUUACACCUAAAGGAGGCUCUACAAUCUUAGGGACGUUUAUACCCGAAGGCACUGUCGUCUCCGUCUUCCAAUGGGCCGUCAAUUACGAUCCACGGUUUUGGAAGAAUCCUCUCAAAUUCGCCCCCGAGAGGUGGCUGGACGACCCGGAAUACAAGGAUGAUCAGCAGGACGCCAUGCAACCGUUUAGCACGGGACCGCGAAACUGUAUCGGUAGAAAUCUCGCAUACGCCGAAAUGCGUCUCAUCCUGGCUAAGAUUCUUUACAAUUUCGACAUGUCGAUCGAUGACGAUAGUCGAGACUGGACCGUGGACCAAAGGUCAUUCAGCGUGUGGGAAAAGCCGGAAUUAAAUAUUCAUUUGACGCCUGUUACUAAGAAAUCCGGGUAAACAAGUAUAUAACCUCAUACUAGGAUAAACUAGGUGGGACUAGGUUGAGGGGCAUUUACGUGGACAUGGCAAAGAUUUGGGACACUCUAGCCAGUUCGUGGUUGGCAUGGUUUGGAUAGGUAGGAUCGGAUAGGUAGGA